UCAGGUGCACUACACUUACUCUCACUGUCCUCAGUCAAAUCACUUCAUCUCACUCUUGAGACCACAAAGAAUCUCCGCAAGUAAAAGUACCGAUUUUAACUCACCUGGGCGGAUAUAUAUCAUGGAUUUGAUCUGAAUCAUUUUGUAGGCUAACAGGAGCUGAGAGCAACAGCAGACAGGAUGACUUGGGGAGCACUUUAUGCCCAGCUGGGAGGGGUAAAUAAACACUCCACCAGCUUGGGAAAGAUCUGGCUGUCUGUCCUCUUCAUCUUCCGCAUUUGCAUCCUUGUAAUAGCCGCCGAAACGGUCUGGGGGGAUGAGCAGUCCGACUUCAUCUGUAACACACAACAGCCCGGCUGCAAGAACGUCUGCUAUGACCACUUCUUUCCGGUCUCACACAUUCGGUUCUGGUGCCUGCAGCUCAUCUUCGUGUCUACACCGGCUUUGCUGGUGGCUAUGCACGUCACUUAUCGCAAACGCAAUGUAAAGAAAGGACUUUUGGCCAACCGAGGUGGCGGUGCCAAAGGGGACGACCUGGAGAGCCUGAAAAAGAGGCGUCUACCCAUCACCGGGUCACUGUGGUGGACCUACACCUCCAGCCUGUUCUUCCGGCUCCUUUUCGAGGCCGGAUUCAUGUACGCUCUGUAUUACGUGUACGACGGGUUUCAGAUGGCCCGUCUUGUGAAGUGUGAGCAGUGGCCCUGUCCCAACAAAGUCGACUGCUUCAUCUCACGGCCCACAGAGAAAACAGUCUUCACCAUCUUCAUGGUGGGAUCUUCUGCCAUCUGCAUCGUGCUGAAUGUGGCUGAACUGGCCUACCUGAUCGUCAAAGCAUUGCUGAGGUGCUCAGCCAGAGCCAAAGGAAGACGUUCUUUUGUUCACCAAGAUAAAAUGUCCUCAGAAAAGGCGCACUUACAGAACGAAAAGAAUGCAAGGUUGCUGUCAUCCGCUUCGGACUCCUCAAGCAAUAAGACUGUUUAAGAUUUUCCCUACGUCCAGUGACUAAUUCUACCAACACGGUACUAGGCUUGUAGACGACAGUGUUUUAACUUUUCUAAUGCCAUUAGCGUUAGAACUAGUAUGUGUUUUUGACAGCUCUGAGUAAACAACACAGCCACCAACCUGACAGCAGGUUUCAAGCAUGUUUCAUUCCUGAGCUGACAUUCCUCCCCUAAGCCAGAAGACAAUUAGGGCGUACGUACGGCACUGUACAAACGUAAGGGGUUGUUGAAUUUCAUUUUUUCCAGAUUACUCAAAAGCCUGUCACAGUGCUCUGCAGUCAGGUGGCAUUAGAAAAGCCCGAGAGUGACUCCUAGUGGUCACAACGACAUCAAUGAAGUUCAGAGACGGUCUUUGCACAAGUUCGUGUCAUUUUUUUUGAGGGAUUAUUUACACGAUGUUGUAUAUAAAUGCUUCUUUUACUUUUGUUUACUUCUUUUCAAACGCAACUUCAUUUGCUCUUUCUGUCACCCGUCACGCUUCGAUCAGCUAUAUAAUUUACAGAGCUGAGCAGGAUUUGUGUUUUUGUAUUUAUGUGUGAUUAUUUUGAGCAGCGGCACAUCUUUGUUUAGUAGUCUAAGUUGUUUCACGAGGCUACCUAGCACUGACCCUCAUCCGGGGAUUUGAUAUAAGCACUCCGCAGUGUCUAGGUUGUUAACAAAUGAGGCUGUAGCGGCGCGGACUCUGUGAAGUCCACCUGUUGACAGGUGAGAGCCCGUGGUCUGACCGUUAUCUUCCGCUGUGUUUUCCUCCUCUCUGAGAGGCUCUGCAAGUCAGCGGUGACCAGUUUUGUUUUUUAAGGCUGUGAUUAAACCGCGGCGAUUACCGUUACCACGUCGUAUCUAUUAAGCUUCCACAAAGUAUUGAUGGAAUUCUCUGCUGUUUCCUAAAGUGAGCUGUGAUCUUUUUUUUUAUAGCCACCUGUUUGUAAUUUUAUUUGAAAGUUUGGCUAACAGCGUAUAUUUUACACGAGUAUCUAAAUAAAUCACAACGCAUUAAAUGUU